AGCACACAGAUGGGCCUUUGGACGGACGAACUGGACAUCACCUGGUUGAAAGAGCUCGUCCACCAAGCCGUCGUCGUGGGAAAACGAGCUUGGAGCGCAACAAGAAGGAGGCCUGGCAAGAGGUCCUCAAGAAACUGAACGAACAGCACGGACAAGUCGUUCCCUUCAUGUUGCAACAACUCAAGACGCGGCACGAUACCAUCAAGGGGACGUACUCAGUCAUUGCAAAGAUUGUCAACAGCAGUGGUAUGGGUUGGGAGUCAACAACGUGUCAAGUCGAGUGUCGAUCAACAACGUCGGAGGUAUUCCUCGAUGGCAAGCAAAGACAGUGGGGAGCAUGGCGCCACAAACGCGUUCCACAGUUUGAGCUGUGUGAGGCUCUUUUCCGCGGAACGUUGGCGCGUGGGUUUCAUGACGUUGCAUCUACAGACCCUCCUCCAAGCAACGCUUCUGUGGACGAUGAAGGGCGAAUGGACGAUGUCGCGCUGGACAACGAUCAAGCGUCGGAACAAGACGAUGUCCAAAGCAAAGAGGAUGGUACCGGCCGUCGAUCAUCUUACGGCGAGAGUGGAAAGCCACCGAACAAGCUUCAACGGCAUACGAUGGCGUCGCAGUUGCUCCAGAGUUUUCGGGGAAUGGGGGCUUCGCCUGAGCGAGAACUCGAACUCAUGGCCCAAAUGAUCAAGCCGAUACCUGUCUCGCCAACCUCAAGCGCAGUCAAGCUACUCCAAGAAGAACUCGGGGGCGUAUUGAGUGUUGAAGACACGAUGCUGGCACUUGAUGUCUUGGAGAACAAAACCCACGCAAUUUCCAUGCAGCCAGCUCUGCGCGAAACCACGAUAUUGCGCCAGGUUCAGAAGUUGCGAAAUUAAUGAAGCCAUCAAUUCAUUUCAUUUCUGAUUGAC